AUGACAAAAAAACUCACUGUUAAUUCAGCAUCAGCUCCUACAACUGUAUCCCCACGACAGCCUGGUAAGCCAACAGCUACAGAAGUUGGCAGUGACUACAUAUCUAUCACCUGGGACCAGCCAGAAGAGAAACAUGUCACUUAUUACGAGAUCAAGUUGAAACCAGCAAAAGAAGCAACUUGGUUAAAAGUAACCCAUUUUACAGAUGGUGACUCACCUGUUAAGCAAAUAUGUGAUCUUGACAAUGCCACUGAAUAUGAAUUCAAAGUUCGGGGAUAUUACAAUGGUGAGGAAGGACCAUUUAGUGACAAGAGUGAUCCAAUUAUGACAAAACCAACCUCUUUGAAGUCAUCAUCACCAAUUACAUCUGUAUCCCCCCGUAAACCUGGAAAGCCCACAGAAUUGGAUGUUGAAGAUGACUUUAUCCUUCUUGGCUGGAAUAAGCCAUAUGACAGAAACGUGACAUAUUACGAGAUAAAAUUAAAACAAUUGAAAGAUUCGACUUGGACCAAGAUGUCUAUAUUCACUGACAAUGAGAAAUCCGUCUGCCAUGUGAGUGGUCUGCUGUCUUCUGCAACAUACGAGUUCAAGGUUCGGCCUUACUACGGCGAGGAAGAAGGAGAAUACAGUGAUAAAAGUGACCCCAUAACAACUACGUCAACAGAGGCAAAGAAACAUUCAUCAGCAACACAUGCCAUGUAUGCUACCAAACAGCUUGGACGUGAAACUCGAACCGUUUCAACAAAGCCCAGUAAACCAUAUACUAAGGAUACAGGAAUCGACUAUAUAGAUCUUUAUUGGGAGAAGCCGGAAGAUGAAGGCGUGCUAUACUAUGAAGUGAGGCAUAAACCAUUGAAGGAAUCAAUAUGGAAUGAAAAUUCCGUUUCAACCCAGGACGACACACCCGAGCAGUGUAUACGUGGAUUAUUACAAGAAACAGAAUACGUGUUCAAGGUCAGAGCAAAGUACAAUGAUGUCGAUGGGGAAUUCAGUGAUCAGAGUAACACCAUUAGAACAAAUCAAUCUCCAGCGUUUUACCUUACAAAGUUCUGUACAAAACUGCAGGAUGGAGAGCCAACUUUCUACAAACUUCCACUACAAGAAAACGUAUAUGCCAGAAAUGAAUUUCACAAAACACGUAAAUUCGAAUUUGGAUCAGAGCAGAUUCUAGAAGAUAAGACUAUUAUGAUGAUUGGAGCAACUGGUUCUGGGAAAAGCACUUUGAUCGAUGGAAUGGUCAACCAUUUUUUGGGUGUACAAUGGAAGGACAACUUCAGAUUUAAGCUCAUCGACUUAACAAUGGAGGAAGAAGAAAAACAUGGCAGACAGACGGAGUCACAAACGGAAUGGAUUACAAGUUACCGGGUUCAUCCAAUACACAGUAAAGUGAAUUUCAGUUUGAAUAUCAUCGACACCCCCGGCUUUGGAGAUACACGAGGAAUUGAACGAGACCAUCAGUUAGUGGAGCAGAUUCGAGCUUUCUUCACAUCUGAAGGCAUCAAAGGAAUAGAAACAAUAGAUGCGAUAUGCUUCGUCACGCAGGCCCCUCUUGCAAGAAUGACUCAUACACAGAGAUACAUAUUUGAUGCAAUUCUGUCAAUAUUUGGUAAAGAUAUGGCAAAGAAUAUUGUUGCUAUGAUUACGUUUGCAGAUGGCAAAGAACCACCAGUUCUGAAUGCAUUGAUGCAAGCCAAAGUUCCCUAUAAUAAUCACUUCGUGUUUAAUAAUUCAGCCCUUUUUGAACCAAAUACAGAAGGAAAAUGCAAUACAUUUGCUAAAAUGUUUUGGGAAAUGGGAGCCAUGAGUUACGAUGCUUUUUUUGAAUUCUUACCAACAAUGAAGACUCAAAGUCUACAACUGACAGCACAAGUUCUAAAAACAAGAGAGGAACUCAAUGCAACUAUCCAUGGUCUCAUGCCACAAAUUGAUAUUGGACUUCAUGAACUUGCCACCAUGAAGGCAGAACAAGAUCUUGUAAACAAAUUUGAAAGAGAAAUACGUGAUAACAAAAACUUCCAAUAUCAGGCUGUAGAAUUUCACCAAACCAAGAUACCCUUGGAACGGGGACAAUAUGUGACCAACUGCAGUUUUUGUCACAUGACAUGUCAUUUUCCGUGUCAUGUAGCUCGUAAUGAUCGGAAAUUUUCCUGCUCAGCUAUGAAGGAUGGAAUUUGCAAUAUUUGCCCAGAACAUUGCUCAUGGGAUACCCACAAGUGUAAUGAUCAUCGGCUGGAACUCAAUCCAGUUACUGUACAGAAAACUUACUCUGAAAUGAAAAUAAAAUACGAAUUUGCAGCAAAGGAAAAGGUUUCAAAGCAGCGGAUCCUUCAUUCAAUCAAAAUGAAAUUUUCAAAUAUUAAGAGCAUUGUUCGGAAUAAUGCGAUAAAAGCUAAUCCACUUACUGAAGUACAAUAUGUGGAUCUACUGAUUCAGUCAGAACUGCGGGAGAAAACAUGUGGAUUUAAACAACGAGUUAAAAUGUUACACAUAUUCCGAAAACAAGCUGAACUCACUGAAAGUGCAAUGCGGCAUGAUGAUACAGGGAAAAUACUGAAAGAUCUGGGAUUUGAGGAGCUGUAG